CUUCAGGGACUGCGCUUGCGCAGCGCACCACGCGCUUAACAAAAAAAUCAACAGCCAAUCGAAAAACCGUCUCGAAUCCCACCCAGCCAUCAAGGAUCUAGUCGCAAAGCUGUCUCGGGUGCUAUUUGAGUCUCAAGAACACAGCGACCCAGACGUCGUCAGAGACGCCCUACUGGCUUACAUGUGCCACGACGCGCCGCUGCCCUGCUCGGAGAAGACCAAGAAACCGAAACCCAGAGUGCACAAACACCAAAGGAGAUUCAGAGGCGAUAGCGUCGCCCUAAGAAGCCUUCUCGACGUCGACAUUGAUACCUUGAACAUGGAACUCGACUACAUCAACAACCAGCUCGAUUUCAACAACGAAAUUGGACGAAAAGCGAGAGAUAUCAUCGGAAAAUACUACGACAGCAAAGACAAGAAGGCGCCUUUAGACUUCGACGCUCAGAUGGAAAGAGAAAAGCUGCUAUAUUACCAGCAAAGGUACAUGGAUAACGCCGAUACGUACGACGACGUUGUGAUCGUCAAGAAAAACUUGGACGCGGAUUUCAAUUUCCCGAACGAUGCACGAAUGGAUACGGACUUCGACGAAGAUUACAAGGAACCGACCCCAGAAAAUACUGAGGACUUUUGCAUAGGAAAGGAACACGUUAUGUCGCUAUUUGCGUACUUAGAAUGGAGUUACAGACAAGAGAUUAAAAACAUGCACAAUAGGAGACGAGGUUUGCUGGUCGCGUACGGUUUGAUACACAACAUAGUGCAGAAUAUGAUACGGAUGAUCUCUGAAAACAAGCCGAAGUUUGUGAUAUAUUCUGGCCACGAUAAGACGUUGCAGGCUUUGAUUUUAGCUUUGGGGCUGAACAAUUACCAGCAUUACAAUAUCCAGUAUGCUUCGAGGAUGAUAUUCGAGGUGUACAGAAAGAAGGAUUUGAGGGAUGAGUUUAAGUUUACGAAACGGAAAGCGGUGGCUCAAGACUUUUUCUUCCGAGUUGUGUAUAAUGGUGAGGAUGUGACUGGGAAGUUGAGUUUUUGUAAGUCCCGGCAGAAUGUCGUCAUGAAGGUGGUUGACCCGGCGGAUGAUAUGAAGACGUACAACACUUACUUGUGUCCAAUAGAGAGUAUAGUUCGGUUCAUUCACGACGAUUACUUCGCGGUCUUUAAUGUGAGCAACUUUAAGGACGCGUGUGCGACUUACGGUAAUGGUAAGCACGCUUUAUAAUAUUGUGAU